AUGCAACAACCACAUUUUACAUGUCUUACAGAUGGUCUGGUCCAGAUUCGGGGCGAGGGUGGCCGUUCACGUCGUUCCGAUCGAAUUGUCUAUCUGUUUAGCAACUGGCUUCUGUUGUGCAAAAAACAACGUAACGUAUUGGGCUCUGUUGUGUCCUCGGCCUCUUCCAGUUCGGGGACGGGAUUGAAGGUGAAAAAACGUGUUCCACUGGAACAGUUUCAUCUGAUUGAUUUGGGCACUGAGCUGACCGAGAACAACGGUAAGUACAGUAGUCGGUAUAGCUGA